AUGUCGCGAUUCUUCCCUCACCCUCCCUAUGCCGAAGACCAACCUCUCUCCCACACCAUACUUACAACCCACGUCCUCUCUCGCUCCAUCACCACAGGCACUAUCAUUGGCAUCACUAUCACAGGCAUCCGACAAUCCAUUCCCUCCCUCAGGCAGCCCGGGCACCUCCCCAAAAAGCUCCUAAUAUCGUCCGCCCACAACAUCCUCGCCACAAUGGCGAUAGCAAGCGUAGGCCUCACUGUAAGGAUGUGGGGCCGUGAUGCCAUUGAAUGGGAGGACCGCAGUUGGAGAUUGUUAGAGAAUAGGGGUCAGCUUGAGACGGAUGAUUGGACAUAUGGCGGUAUAGGGGUUGCGGCGGCUGUAGUGGCGUUGAGAGGGAGGACUGGGCCAGCGAAGUUUGGGUGGAAAGGCGUUACUGGGGCGAUGGGGAUAGGGAGUGUAGGUGGACUAGUGGGUUAUUUGGCAUGGAGAUAUGGGAUUAACAGGGGCAGAUUUGUAUCGAAGGAUGAGGAGAAGAGGAAGGGGCUCUGA